CAGGGCGUGGCGGCGCUGCUGCUGCUGCUGCGCGUGUCGCGGGCCGAGCGCAAGCCUUGAGCUGCUGCUGCUGCUGCUGCUGCUGCUGCUGGGGGGGGGCGCCCCCGACGCGCACGUGGGAGCCUGCGGGGCCCAGGCAGAGAGGAGGGAAGGGCGGCGGCGGCGGCGGCGGCUCCGGGUCCGUGUUGGCAGGGUCGUGGGGAUCGUGGCGAGCGCGCAAGGUCACGCAGCCUCCUCGGCCGGCCUCGGGAACAACAAUGGGCGGCUGCCGCCACGCGAGGAAACGAGCGGGGCUGAGGCUGGAUCUCUGAGGAUGGUGUGGGAAUCCCAGUGGCUGGAGUGGAGACGGGCCAUUGCUCAGCUGCUCUGCCUUCCGUGAAGGUGCAGCCAUGUCGGUGAUGAUAGCGAGGAAGAAAGUGACCCGGAAAUGGGAGAAGCUGCCAGGAAGGAACACGUUUUGUUGUGAUGGACGCAUCAUGAUGGCCCGGCAAAAGGGCAUCUUCUACCUAACCCUCUUCCUCAUUGUGGGAACUUGUGCCCUCUUCUUUGCUUUUGAGUGUCGCUACCUUGCUGUCCAUCUCUCCCCAACCAUCCCCGUCUUUGCAGCCGUCCUCUUCCUCUUUGCAAUGGCCACCCUCUUGCGGACAAGCUUCAGUGAUCCAGGGGUGAUUCCUCGAGCUCUUCCCGAGGAGGCAGCUUUCAUUGAAAUGGAGAUUGAGGCCACCAACGGAACGGUGCCUCCUGGCCAGCGGCCACCCCCACGCAUCAAGAACUUCCAGAUUAACAACCAGAUUGUGAAACUGAAGUACUGCUACACGUGCAAGAUCUUCCGCCCGCCCCGCGCCUCACACUGCAGCAUCUGUGACAACUGUGUGGAGCGGUUUGACCACCACUGCCCCUGGGUGGGGAACUGCGUGGGGAAGAGGAACUACCGUUACUUCUACCUCUUCAUCCUCUCUUUGUCUCUUCUCACCAUCUACAUCUUCUCCUUCAAUAUUGUCUACGUUACUCUGAAAUCCCUGAGGAUUGGCUUUUUGACUACUCUGAAAGAAACCCCAGGAACAGUCCUGGAGGUUCUCAUCUGCUUCUUCACUCUCUGGUCUGUGGUGGGUCUGACCGGCUUCCACACUUUCCUGGUAGCACUGAACCAGACAACAAAUGAAGAUAUCAAGGGCUCCUGGACUGGGAAGAACCGGGUGCAGAAUCCCUAUAGCCAUGGCAAUGUGGUGAAGAACUGCUGCGAGGUUCUGUGUGGCCCACUGCCUCCCAGUGUGCUGGACCGACGGGGCAUCUUGCUGCAAGAGAGUGCAGCCCUGCAGGGGGGCAGUGCUGGGCCUGAGCCCAGGACCCAGGAAGAGCGGCGUGCCGAGGAGCCCAAUGCCCAGGAUGCCAGCGGUGCCCUCCCCGAGGAGACCGUGCUCUCCAUGCCAGCUUGCGAGGCACCACUGGAAACGGCUGAGUCGCCGCCUGCUGCAGAAGCACCUCUGGCUCACGGGCAGACGCCGCAUUAGCCUCUGGACAGGAGCACUGCUUUUUGUUUUGGCUUGUUCCACGUGGAGCUGUGGCGGGGCCAAGGAUGGGGGAAGCCGGCUGGAUCGUGGCGGGACCGUCCCGUGUGGCUGUUUGUUCACCAGUGGUUGUGACCAGUGUCUCCAGACUGAAGGACGCCUGCUCUCCCUCCCUCGUGGAUGCUGAGCACCCGUGGGGCUGAGGAGGGGCCCUUCCCCGCCAGCCGCCUUCCUCACACGGACUCUGUUAAGCGAGGGCUUCUCUGGCCCCAGCCCCAACCCCCGUGAAGUGUGGAGCGAGCUGCUGGGCAGAAGGCGGAGGAGCUGGGCACCGUGUUGGGGGCCAUCUUUCUCCCUGUGGCGGCAGUCUUUUGUGGUGUUUGAACUCUGCUGCCCCCGAAGCCAGCUUGCUCAUGCCGAGUCUAGCCAGCCAGGGGCGUGAGGCAGCGCCCUUCGUAGACGUUCCCCGACAAACCGUGCCAUGUGGCUGCCUGCAACCCCAAGUGGGCCUCUGUCCCCAGAGAGCCAGCAGGCCAACUCCCAAGUCCUUUCGGCUCAGUACUGGAACUCGAGGGUGCAGCAUCAGGCCUUCCCCUUUGUGUGUGUGUGUGUGUGGCCUGCCCUGAGUCCCUGCCCCAUCACCCUUCUGCAGUGUUCUUCGUGCCUGGGUUGACCCCACCCCCACCCCCUUGACUAGGGCUGCAGGGGGCACAGGCCAUGAAGGGUGCCCAGUGAGAAGGGGGUGGGCAGCCUUUGGAACCAGCUGCCCCAGUGUGUUGGUCCCUUGAGCUCACUGCUCAGGCCCAGAAUCCCCCCUUGCUAUGCUUGUGGGGUGUGUGUGCCAAAAAACAUUCCUCAGCAUGGUCUGGCCUCUCUGCCCUGCCACUAGCCUGUCCCCUCCCUGCCCUGGGAGCAAAAGCCCACAUGCAGCAGAACUGUGUGGCGUUGGCCUCUGUGCCAUUCAGAGAGCAGGCGUCCCUUGCAAACUGGGCAAAGAGGAGGCACCUUUUCAAUGGGGUGAUUCUCUUUAAUUUAGCAGGGGGAGAGUAACUGGCCCUCUCCACCCCCAGCACAGCAUCCCUCCAGUGGCUGUUGCUGGGGUCUAUCUUGCGUUUCUUUUUAGAUUGUGAGCCCUUUGGGGACAGGGAGCCAUCCAUCUAAUGUAUUUGUUAUUUCUCUGUGUUAACCCCCCGAGCCAUUUUUGGAAAGGCGGUAUAGAAAUUGAAUAAAUAAAAAGAGAGCUCCUGACAGGGUUGGGGCUGGCUGGAACCCUC